AUGCAAUGUCAUAUACGUGGAUUGCUUAUUGAGCAAUACGGAAGCAAAACGCUAUUCAUGCUAGAGGUCGUGACCUUCAAUAGAACCCCAGCAGUUUACUCGACAGUGUGCCAUCCUAUCUAUUUAGGCUUGCAUCUAUUCGAUAUACAACAGAAAUCACUGCUUCAUCGCUCAUCGCAUUCCCUCGAUCCAUCCGUGGACCUUUCAUACCAUUCCUCCUUUUUUCUCCUUACCCAAGUGGUAAAGAAAACAAUCAGCAGAAUGAGUGACGUAAACAAAGGUCGAUCUGCGAAAGAACACGUUGAAGGGAAGCAACAGCAGCCGCUGCAACAGCCAGCCGUCCCAGUCGUCGUCACAAAAACCUUGACAGUCAACGGACCAGACCUACCUUGGCGCACGACAAAUCUUGUGUUGAGAUGCAGUGACCUUUGCCCUCUGUCCAAAGGGCAUUCAUUGCAAGGCAAUACGGCUCACUUUUCAAACCUUAACAACUGA